CUUUUGAGGGCUUGGGGAGGAAAACAAGGACGCUAGUCAACGUUAUCUCGUUGUUGAAGGGGGUCAAGAAAAAGAAAAGCCCACGCGCCUCGACGUCAACUUCCGGUGGGACGUUUUGCAUCCAGAAUGAAGACGAACGCAAAUAGAUUCGCAUGACUUUUUGGGUUUAAUCGCCUGACUCCGAGAGGUGUGGUUUCGGCGAGGGUAUGGAGCACCCUGUGCACAGAGGGGAGGUGAUGCCCACUGGACUACAUGACAGGGAUUUGACCAGCUGAGGAUAGAGGGUUUACUGUGUGACGUCACGCUGGUGGCGGGGGACGGCGACGAAGCUUUCCCCGUUCACCGCGCCAUGAUGGCCUCCUCGUCCGACUAUUUCAAAGCCAUGUUCACAGGUGGAAUGAAAGAACAGGAUUUAAUGUGCAUCAAGCUUCACGGGGUUAACCGAAUAGGCCUGAAGAAGAUCAUUGACUUCAUCUACACGGCCAAGCUGUCGCUCAACAUGGAGAACCUGCAAGACACGCUGGAGGCCGCCAGCUUCCUCCAGAUCCUCCCCGUUCUGGACUUCUGCAAAGUGUUCCUUAUCUCUGGGGUUUCUCUGGACAACUGCGUGGAGGUGGGCCGCAUCGCCAACGCCUACAACCUCACGGAGGUGGACAAAUACGUCAACAACUACAUCCUGAAGAACUUCCCGUCGCUGCUGGGCACGGGCGAUUUCGUCAAGCUGCCGUUCGACCGCUUGGCGUUCGUGCUGUCCAGCAACAGCUUGAAACACUGCAGCGAGCUGGACCUGUUCAAGGCCGCGUGCCGCUGGCUGCGCUACGAGGACAGCCGCAUGGACUUCGCCCCCAAGCUCAUGAAGAACAUCCGCUUCCCCCUCAUGAACCCGCAGGAGCUCAUCAACCACGUGCAGACGGUGGACUUCAUGCGUACGGACAACACCUGCGUCAACCUCCUCCUGGAGGCCAGCAACUACCAGAUGAUGCCCUACAUGCAGCCGGUGAUGCAGUCGGAGCGCACGGCCAUCCGCUCGGACAGCGCCCACCUGGUGACGCUGGGCGGCGUCCUGCGCCAGCAGCUGGUCGUGAGCAAGGAGCUGCGGCUGUUCGACGAGAAGGCGCACGAGUGGAAGGCGCUGGCGCCGAUGGACGCGCCGCGCUACCAGCACGGCAUCGCCGUCAUCGGCAACUUCCUGUACGUGGUGGGCGGCCAGAGCAACUACGACACCAAGGGCAAGACGGCGGUGGACACGGUGUUCCGGUACGACCCGCGCUACAACAAGUGGAUGCAGGUGGCGUGCCUCAACGAGAAGAGGACCUUCUUCCACCUGAGCGCGCUCAAGGGCCACCUCUACGCCGUGGGGGGGAGGAACGCCGCCGGGGAACUCGCCACCGUGGAGUGCUACAACCCGAGGACGAAUGAAUGGACGUACGUCGCCAAGAUGAACGAGCCGCACUACGGCCACGCCGGCACGGUGUACGGCGGCUACAUGUACAUAUCAGGCGGCAUCACCCACGACACGUUCCAGAAGGAGCUGAUGUGCUUCGACCCGGACGCCGACAAGUGGAGCCAGAAGGCCCCGAUGACGACGGUGCGCGGCCUCCACUGCAUGUGCACGGUGGGCGACCGGCUCUACGUCAUCGGGGGGAACCACUUCCGCGGCACCAGCGACUACGACGACGUGCUCAGCUGCGAGUACUACUCGCCGGCGCUGGACCUGUGGACGCCCAUCGCCGCCAUGCUGCGGGGCCAGAGCGACGUGGGCGUGGCCGUGUUCGAGAGCAAGAUCUACGUGGUGGGCGGCUACUCGUGGAACAACCGCUGCAUGGUGGAGAUCGUGCAGAAGUACGACCCCGAGAAGGACGAGUGGCACAAGGUGUUCGACCUGCCCGAGUCGCUGGGCGGGAUCCGGGCGUGCACGCUCACCGUGUUCCCCCCCGAGGACGUCUCGGGCUCGCCCUCCAGAGAGGCGCCGCUCUCGGCGCCUUGACGAGUGAAGAGGGGGGCGGGGCCUCCAGCCCCCCUUUCUACAAACACUCCGAGACAUUGUUUGCACUUCCUCUCUGGACUACGUCAGUACUGCACCCCCCCCCCCCCCCCCCCCCCGAAGGGUCUCCAAAGUCCACCUCUACUCCUCAAGCUGUGCAGGAACCCCCCCCCCCCCUGCAUACCGGCGACCUAAUUACACGUCAAUGUUGCACACUCUGUAUUUUUUUUUUUUUAAUCGGGGGAUGACUUUAAAAUAUCUCGACUUGAAAAGUGACUUUGCAAAAUAACAAAACAAGAAUCUACUUUUCUACCCGAUGUCUGACGUCUCUUUCCGGUCUCUUCCUUUUCGAGACGUGGACUCGACCGGCUCUCCUCCGGUCCGCCAGGUGAGACGCAGGUGACUCCAGGAAGCGGGAAAAGGCGUAAAGAAAGGUACACUUUAAUAUAAAAAAUAAAAUAAAAGUCCAAAAACACAGCCGGGUUUCAACUCCGGGCCGCGGCCCUCCUUCGACGUCGCGCUCUCGCGGUUUCAGUUCUAUUUUAUUUUUUCUGCUAUUGCUAUGAAACUGUUUAACAAAAUGGUGUUUUCUAAAUUUAAUAAACAUGGUUUUAAAAAUA